GCUUAGCCUAUGCCAUCGCGGGAGUUCUCCCACCGUCAGCUCUUCCAUCUCCUCCAUCGCCGCUGCAAGAGCCUCCGCCACCUCAAGGCCAUCCAUGCCCAUGCCACCGUCCACGGCCUUACCUCUCUGUAUCCCUCCCCCAUCCUCGCCAAGCUCAUCUACACGCUCACCCUCCUCCUCCCCACCGCCAUCAACCACCGUGCCUCCCUCCCUGCCGCAGCAACCGCCUCUGCCGGAUACGCCCUCUCCCUCUUCCACGCCAUCCCCUUCCCAUCCGCCUUCCCCUACAACCUCCUCAUGCGUGUCCACACCCUUCUCUCCUCCCCUCUCUCCGCUCUCCUCCUCUUCGCCUGCAUGCGCCGCUCCGCGGUGCCCCCCGACCUCCACACCUUUCCCUUCGCCCUCAAGGCAUGCACCCGCCUCCGCCACCCUGCCCUCGCCCGCGCCGUCCACUGCCAAGCGAUCGUGUUCGGCUUCGCCGACGACCUCUACGUCCGUAACACUUUGAUCAGCACCUAUUCUUCUUGCUACUCGAUGACCGAAGCAAGGACUAUCUUCGACGAGUGCCCCUCGCUUCGUGAUGUCGUUUCCUAUAAUAUUUUGAUAGAUGGAUAUGUGAAGGCCGGCCAAACUGAGCACGCGCGCAACCUGUUCGACGGAAUGCCUGAAAGGGAUGUAGUCUCGUGGGGUACACUUUUGGCUGGAUACACGCGGAUGGGUGAAUUCGAGGCUGCAGUCAUGCUCUUUGACCGGAUGCUUGAGAUAGGAGAGAAGCCUGAUGAUGUUGCUUUGGUCUCUGUAUUGUCUUGCUGUGCUCAGUUAGGAAAGUUGGACAUAGGAGAAGCCAUCCACGAGUACAUCAAAAACAACAGGGCUAAACUUAAUGUCUAUCUUUCCACGGCCCUGGUCGACAUGUAUGCAAAGUGUGGUUGCGUUGGUGUUGCUUUAGAGAUUUUUGAGUCAACACCGUGGAAAAAUUUGUUCACAUGGAAUGCUAUUAUUGUCGGUCUAGCUAUGCAUGGUGAUGGUAAGAAGUCGCUCGAGUACUUCAAUAGGAUGAGUGAUGUUGGUGUUCAGCCGGAUGGAGUGACCUGCUUAGGCGUAUUGGUGGCUUGUAGCCAUGCAGGACUUGUUGAAAUGGCCCGGAGUUUCUUCAGUGAGAUGGAGAGUGGCUAUGGUGUUGAGCGUGAGCUCAAGCAUUAUGGUUCUAUGACAGAUUUACUUGGUCGAGCUGGGUUGAUCAAGGAAGCCAUGAAAAUGAUCGAAGGGAUGCCAAUGAAGGCCGAUGCAUAUGUUUGGGGAGGUGUCCUGGCAGGUUGUCGGAUACAUGGGAAUAUAGAGAUUGCGGAGAUUGCAGCAAAACAUCUACUGGAAUUGGAUCCAGAUAACAGUGGGAUAUUCUCGAUUAUGGCUGACAUAUAUGCUAAUAAUAGGAGAUGGGAGGAUGUCGGGAGGAUUAGGAAGUUGAUGAGUGAAAAGGGAGUGAAAAUGAAUGUUGCUUGUAGUUCAAUAUAGGUGAAUGAUGUCCAGCCAUGGAGUUAUAUCUGAGCCGGCUGGCUAGAUAAUUGUUGAGACUUGAGAGAACAAGUUAUGGUUAUAUAACUUGGUGGGUAGUAAAGUUAAUUUAUUGCAAGCUGACAAUACACAGGUACAUAACACUGUAGUACUGUCUGGCUCUCUUCUCACUUGCUGCCAACUUGUCACACUAGAUGAAAGGCAGAGUCACGGCUGAUUUUGUUUCCAAAAGUUUUACAGAGAUAUAUGAGCAAGCAGCAGCAUAUUAUGGGAUGAGUGUAUCUGUUGAAGCUUUAGGGAAGAGUUUGGCAAGUUUUCUAUAAUUCUAAUGGGUGCCUUCUAUUAUAGUAACACACCACAAGUUGACAGACGACAGUAAGCUUAGUAAGCAAUGAAGUUGGUCGUCGCGAACAACUCAUGCACAGCAGCAACGUAGUAGAACCGAUGAUGCCACAACGUGGACUUGAUAGAUUAAACAAUUCUCUUUUGAAUUGUAAAGACCAUCUCGCGGAUUGAUGCGAAUCCAUCAUUCAGUUUUACUUUCGAGCAGUUCUUCGUCGACAGCUAUCUUCUCUCAAAAGGCGCGUGGAACAGGGAGAGGACGAGCCGAAAAAGAAGGGAAGAAGCCCCCGGACGAUGAGCUUUUAAAAGGCGAAAGCAAAAGAAGCGAGUUGGCGCGCGUGCACCGCUGCUCCGCUUCCCUUUGGAUCGACGAUCUUAAAGGAAAAUAAAAUAAAGAAAAAGUAAGCAACUUUGAAGUUUAAACUUGUUGACUAUUUAUUGGGCGAGCAAGCAACACUGUCACAGAAAUCAGUUUGGCCUCUUUGACUGUUUUUGCUGCCAUCGACU